CCAAAGACGCUGAUAUGGAUGAUUUAUUUAAUAACCAAGUAGAGUCAUUGGAGUCCCUCUGGUACUUUGCAGAACAGCUGGAAAGGAAUCCUCGCCUCAAGGAACGCUGGCGCACUCUCGGGCUUCCUACGUCUACUGAUCCGUACACGCUGCUAGGCUGUGCCGUGGAGAUCCUGUUUAGAAAAUCCCCUUUUUUUGAACAGCAACUGAUUGAGGCAAAGUCUGCUUUAAAGUUUUCUAAGCAAAAGCCUGUUAUUAUAGGAAUUCACAUUCGAACGGAUGAUCUUCACUGGGGAGAUCAAAAUCCAUACAGUGUAAGAACUCGUAGUGUGGAAACCGUUCGAAACUGUGCCAUACGUGUCGAAAAUGUCCUCAAAGCAAAUUUUAACAUAGAGAGGCCAAUAAUGUGGUUUCUAGCGUCAGAUGACGCUACAGUCAAAUCCAAUUGGUUAAAAAAACAUCCAAGCAAAGUAAUAACCCAGAGUUUCAUACCUAAGCACUCCGAAAAACAUGCGAGCAAAGUGACACAGACCAACACUCUUACCGAUAUUUUCCUUUUGAGUGAGAGUGACUUCAUGAUAGUUUUUUUUGAUAGUACAUACAGUAAUGUGGCUAUUGGUGUAGGGGGGUUCCCAGUAUUUUUUUGGGUGUAUGGCGAGUAUUGCAAUGACAUUAAUAACAAGACAUUAAAAUCAUUAGUACAGAACAAAACGAGACAUGAGCUAAUACACAGCAAAACGAGAAAUGCUCGAUAA